ACAUUUUGAUGUGACCGCCGCGUGCGCUGAUUGGCCGACAGCCUCGCUCUGCUGUGUCACGAUGAGGUGAGGUGGAUUUAACUACUUUACUCUGAAUGGACUACAGAGAAACCAGCAACAGGUAGCCGUUUGAGAACCGGAGAAUUUCGACCAGACAGAUAAUUAGUGAAUACGGUUCACUUGCAAGUUCAAGUCUCUUCCUCCAUCCUUUGAAGGUAAACUGCAGUGGAAGCUGAUUGACCAGAAGUGCUUUGCUGUAUAAAGCUGAAAAACCAACAAUGGAGACAAAGCAGUGUGAAGAGAUCACGGAGAUGGUGUGUUUAGAGUCAGAUCUGCAGGAUGGACAAAUGAAGGAGGUUGAGGUGGACCAGCAUAAAAUCCUGUUGGUACGCAAUAAGGGAGAAUUUGCUGCUGUGGGUGGUCUGUGCACUCAUUAUGGCGCCCCACUUAUCAAAGGUGCAUUGGUUGGAGAUCGAGUUCGGUGCCCAUUUCAUGGAGCAUGUUUCAAUACUAAAACUGGAGAUAUUGAAGAAUUUCCUGGGCUGGAUUCACUGCCAACGUUCAAAGUCAAAGUUGAAGGUGGUAAAGUUUAUGUCACCACUGAUAAAAAGAAACUGAAUAAGCGUGUUAAGAAAAUGUGCGGUAGAGUGCCUGGAGUCAGUCACACGGUUGUUCUGAUUGGAGGAGGUCCAGCUUCAUUGCAAUGUGCAGAAACCCUUCGUCAGAAUGAUUAUGGAGGGAGAAUUAUAAUGGUUACGAAAGAUGAGCAGCUGCCUCUGGAUAAGACCAAGCUUAGCAAGGCAAUGAAUAUUGAAAUUGAAAAGGUGUUGCUACGACAGAGUGAUUUCCUUCAACACCAUGGAAUUGAAGUGUGGACUAAAAAAGAGGUAAAGUCUGUUGACACAGAGGCUAAAACAUUGACUUUCAAGGAUGGCACUGUCCAACAUUACGACCAGCUUUUGAUUUCUACAGGUGGCAGAGCCAGACCUCUGCAGUGUCCUGGUGCUGAACUAGAAAACGUGAAAUUGCUGCAGAGCUAUAAGGAUGCCACAGAAAUUCAUCACAUGAGUGCAGGCAACAAGGCCGUCGUCGUUGGAACUUCAUUCAUAGGAAUGGAGGUAGCAGCUUAUCUGUCUGACAAGGCAGUCAGCGUCAGUGUUAUCGGCAGCAGUAAGUUUCCUUUCCAGUCAUCAUUGGGUCCAGCUAUCGGAAAAAUGACAAUGCAGAUGCUGGAGGAGAAAAACGUAAAGUUCUACACAUGUAAUGGUGUGGCUGAAAUUCGGGGGGAAAAUGGAAAGGUCAAGGAAGUUGUUCUGAAAAAUGGUGAAGUCCUUCCAGCUGAUAUUGUAAUUGUGGGCAUUGGCGUCAUUCCCAACUCUGAUUUCCUUAAGAGAACAUCAGUGGAAAUUGAUUCACGCAAUGCUGUUGUUGUUGACAAGUUCAUGAAAACCAACAUUCCUGAUGUCUUUGCUGCUGGAGAUGUGGUGUCUUUUCCACUUCCUUUGCUCGGACAUAAGAGAGUCAAUAUUGGACAUUGGCAAUUGGCGCAAGCUCACGGAAGAAUUGCUGGCUUAAGCAUGCUGAAUCAACAGGUUGCGAUUAAUACUGUGCCAUAUUUCUGGACCAUGCUGUUGGGGAAAAGUAUCCGAUAUACAGGCUAUGGAGAAGGAUACACUGACAUUGUUUUUAAAGGAAGAACUGAAGAAAGAAAAUUCUUGGCAUUUUAUAUCAAAGAUGAAGAAGUUGUUGCAGCUGCCAGCUUGAACUUUGACCCUGCUGUCGCGAGGUUGGCAGAAAUGUUAUUGAUGGGGAAGAGGAUCACUAAGGCUCAGGCACAAUCUGAUGACCUCAGCUGGUUGCAGCUCCCAUGAAAGUGCUUUGGCAACACUUCCCUCCAUGACUGUAUUGAUUACAGUUUGUCCAUCUAUCAUUUUAUUUGACUGUCUUGCCUAUAGCUUAUAUUCAGUAACAAUGUGUGUUUUGUCCUGUGUUUUGUCUUCUAUAUAUAUUUUUUUCCAUAUAAAUGUUGUUUUUUUUCUUGGAAGGAAGAAACAUUUCUGGUCCAGUUAUUCUUAGAAACAGCUGAAGACCAGCUGCAGCACUUGGGUGUACUAAAUAAUGUCCGAUAAGUAUUUGUGUCAGUCGGACAUUUUAUGAUACAAUAAAAUAUAUGACUUUUUCUUUACUUAAAUAUUA